UCAGAGACGCAGUAGCAAAAUAUUUAUUUGUCGCCAAUUAAUUGAUCCGCAAUUUUCCUUCGCCUUCCUCCAAUUCACAAUUUCUGUCCACAAAUCUGUGAGUUGGAUUUGAUUCAAAGAUCAAGAAAGACACACAAUUUACCAAGAUGGAGUUGCGGUCAUUCUCUUCGACAAGGCAGAGAACCAGUCUUCCAAAUUUGACUCCCCGCAAUUUUACCGAUAAUAGCAGCGCCAUGUCGAAAGCUCUGAGAAAUCCAUUGAUUCUCGACAUUAUUUUCUCCCAGCUUAACAACUUCGACUUGAGAACGGCUCGUCAUGUGUGUCGCGAGUGGGGCGACGUCGGCGCAGGUUUGUUGGGAAAACGAGCCUUUUUCCACGUCAACCAACUUUUCCGCUACAACGGCUCAGAAUUGUACCAGGUGAUCCCUGCUAACGACAAACUGAUGCGAAACCUUAUCAUCUGGGACGAUUUUAACCCCUCCGUCCCCAGCAAAAAGACUGCCAGCGUCAUAACCAAACUUUUUUCCGAACUCUCCUCCAACGUGCGCGAAUUCACGAGAGAAAUCGCGUUUUACAUCACGCUGAAAAAAUUCGCGAUCGCGUUUCUGAAUGGUUUGCGAACCCUGAAAUCAACCACGAAGAUCCAACACAUUUCCAUCUUUAUCCAAUCGACAAACCCAUUGGUGGACAAAGGUCGGAUUCAGACCCUUCGGAAAUUGCCCCUUCAAAGAAACUUGACUUCAAUAACGUUCGAAAUUCCUCCACCAAUUCAAGAAGGGGGAUCUGGCAUUCACGCGUUUCAGCCUUUGCUCCAGGUCUUGAUCGACUCUGCCCCCAAACUGACCUCGUUGGACGUGACGGCCUCCUUUUUGAGUUUAGAGGGAUGUAGAAAUCUCAAAGUUUUGAAAUUUCUCUUCGCAAAUUGUAAUCACGAGGAGUGUCAUAACUUCAAGUUGGCCUCCGUGGCCACCAUGUUGACUUCCGUGAAGGAUUCGUUGAUCGAGUUGGAACUGGGCUAUGCUGACGUGCACGUAUUUUCUAUUGGUCUCAUUCACGAUCCGCAAGCCGGCCGUUAUCUUGACGUCCCCGUCAUGCCGAACCUUGUCUCACUCACCAUCACUCCGCUGUAUGUCUACCCAAUCCAGAAUUUCUUUGAUGAGAAGCAUUUCCCAAAACUGAGAAACGUGUCGCUCAAAAAGCACCAAUUCGAGGUGAUCCAGUUAUCAAGUCAUCUUCUAAACCUAUGGAAGCCACACCGAGGAGUUGAAUAUUUGGCGCUGGAGGCACGCGACUAUUGCCGGGAUGACAGGAAAUUUGGGGAAACGAUUGUUCAAUUAUUCCCGAAAGUUACGAAACUUGAGGUGGCAUUGAGCCAAUGUGAAGAUGACGUAAACGAGGUGGUGGAACCGCUGAAAGUAUUGAAGUUGGAAGAGUUUAAGCUUGUCUUGUGGCAUGUGAACGUUGCCUCCAAGCUGGUUAAAGUUCUGAGAAGUUUGGCGAUUUGGAAAGGCGUUAAAAGUGUCUACUUCAAGUGGGGUUGCAUAGAAAAGGCCGACUUUUCUGCUUCCAUUCAAGACAUCAUCUUGUAUAGUAGAGGAUUUAAAAGAGUGGAAAUCUCGGGAUUUGUGGCCCGGGAUAUUGUGAAAGUCAUCCGACCCAUUUUUGAGGCCAGUGGUGCACCCGUGGAUUUUAGGGGAGGUGUGUACCGUAAUAUGAAUUUUGUGAUAAUGGUAGGAGGAGCGGUGGAUUUGUAAUUUGUGUGGUUUUUGAGGGUUACACUGUUUUAAUGUUUUCCACUUAGAUAGAUACAGAAUUUCAUAAAUUAAUAGUACUUAAGGGGUGAUCUGAUACAGUCUCACCGCUACCUGACGGGGAGUGUGUAACUAUGUCCUCCCAUAAGCUCCCAUGUUAUAGUUUUAAAAACUUUCAGCGUCGUCAAAAGACAAUAAAUUUCCAUUUUUUGCACCAAUCGACGCGUAUAUUUAGUCCCCACAAAGUUACUGAAGUUUUAAUGGAUACGUGGAGUAUACACGGAGAAAUGAAGCUUUUUCUGAUUUUUUUUGUGAAAAGAAUUAUGGUGUGACCAUGAAAGCGACUUUAAGGUCAAACUCCAGUAACUUUGGGAGUUGAAUAUUUUGACACAUUUUGCAACAAAAAAAUCCGAUAUUAAUGCAAAAAUAAAUGUGCCCAAAUGUUUUGAAAACCUGGUUUUUAGAAAUUACGAAAUAAACAUGCCC